UGCAAGCAAUUACUAGUUGCUCUCACACCAGGACAAUUGCUGAAAUGCUCUGGCUUAUAAUUGCAGCAGUCACUUUGGGCAAUGCAGUGAAAGCUGCUGAAAUCUGCUAUAAUAGACUCGGAUGUUUCACAGAUGAUGUUCCAUGGGGUGGAACAAAGCAAAGACCAAUUAAAAAGCUACCAUGGUCCCCAGAGGAUAUUAAUACACGGUUUUUGCUCUGGACAAGAAGAAAUACAAAAACUUUUCAGGAAAUUACUGGAAUUAAUCCUUCAACGAUCGAAAAUUCUAAUUUUGACAGGACAAAAAAAACCUGUUUCAUAAUUCACGGGUAUAUAGACAAAGGAGAAGAAUCGUGGCUCUCUGACAUGUGCAAGGCAAUGUUUGAAGUGGAAGAUGUGAAUUGCUUUUGUGUUGAUUGGGUACAUGGAUCGAGAACCUUAUAUGACCAAGCUGCCAACAACAUUCGAGUGGUUGGAGCAGAGGUGGCAUAUCUUAUUGAUGUGUUAGAGAAAACAUUUAACCACUCACGUUCUGAGGUCCACAUUAUUGGACAUAGCCUGGGCAGUCAUGCUGCUGGAGAAACAGGAAGACGCAUUCCAGGGAUUAGAAGAAUCACAGGUCUGGAUCCAGCCAAACCUUUUUUUAAGAAUACACCUGUUGAAGUUCGACUGGAUAUUUCAGAUGCAGAGUUUGUUGACAUUAUCCACACUAAUGGGGCUCCAUUGAUUCCUUAUCUUGGUUUUGGAUUGUUUGAACCCCUUGGACACCUUGACUUCUAUCCAAAUGGUGGAGAAUUAAUGCCUGGAUGCGAUAAAAAUAUUGUUUCAACUAUAAUUGAUAUUAAUGGCAUUUGGGAAGGCACUCGGAACUUUGCAGCUUGCAACCACUUGCGGUCGUAUAAAUACUACACAGAGAGCAUCCGAACCAAAAAUGGAUUCACUGGGAUUCCAUGUAAUAGCUAUGAUGACUUUACAGCAGGAAAUUGCUUCAGUUGUCCACCAAAAGGCUGUCCCCUAAUGGGUCACUAUGCUGAUACCUACCCUCUUGGAAAUGAUACUACUGAACCAAAGUUUUUUCUGAACACGGGUGCUGCUCCAACAUUUGCACGUUGGAGAUACCAGGUUACUGUCAAAAUUACCUGUACACGGAGUAUCAGAGGGUUCUUCAAUAUUGCCUUGUACGGUUCCAAUGUCAAUACCCAACAAUAUCAAAUUGCAAAAGCACUUUUGGAGUCUGGAAAAACUUUCACAGCUGACAUUGAUGUGGAGGAAAACAUAGGGGAGAUUACAAAAGUCAAAUUUAUCUGGAAUAAUAAGUUGCCAAAUCUUUUUGGGCCAAAAAUUGGUGCUGAAAUGGUAACUUUAUUAAGAGUGUAUGACCAACAAACCUUCACAUUCUGUGGGACUGACGCUGUUGGUGAAGAUGUUCUACAAACUAUUUUGCCUUGCUCAAAUCUUUAAAGAUCAUUUCAC